AUGAGCUGUGUCCUGAACGGCAUUGUGCCCUUGGGGCUGGUGCUGCUGGUCUGUGGAGCGCAAGGCUUUUUCCUGCCCAAUGUCACACACCUAGAGAAGCUGCUCAGCAGAUGCCAGCAGGACAGACCCCACUCCCGGGUCCGGAGGGCCAUCCCCAGGGUGGACAAGGAGGACAUCCUCAUGCUUCACAACAGGCUGCGGGGCCAGGUGUCACCGCCGGCCUCCAACAUGGAGCACCUGGUGAGCGCGGGGGCACCACGGGGUCUGGCCCCAUCCGUGGGGGGAGGGGUGGGGGAUGGCAGGCUUGGGGACUCCUGCCCCGGCCCCGGGCCCUCUCCUUCCUCUGGACUCUCAGCUGCCGCUUUCCGUGUGGCCUGUGCUCCGACCUCGGCCACCCUCACGGUCGGUCACCUGCCCGCGUGCCUGUAUCGCUCUCCUGGCUUCCACGUGCAGUCCUGGUAUGACGAGGUGAAGGACUACACCUACCCCUACCCCCACGAGUGCAACCCCUGGUGUCCAGAGAGGUGCUCUGGGGCCAUGUGCACCCACUACACACAGAUAGUUUGGGCCACAACCACCAAGAUUGGCUGUGCUGUGAACACCUGCCAGAGGAUGAAUGUCUGGGGAGAUGUUUGGGAGAAUGCGGUCUACCUCGUCUGCAAUUACUCUCCAAAGGGGAACUGGAUCGGAGAAGCCCCCUACAGAACUGGCCGGCCCUGCUCCGAGUGCCCGCCCAGGUACGGAGGCAGCUGCAGGAACAACUUGUGUUACCGAGAGGAGACGGACGACCAAAAACCCGAAACGGACGAGAUGAACGAGGUGGAAAUGGCCCCCAUUCCUGAAGAGAAGCACAUCUGGGUCCCGCCGAGCGUGAUCAGACCCACGAAGCCCAAGAAAGCCCCCACCGUGAACUACAUGACCCAAGUCGUCAGGUGUGACACCAAGAUGAAGGACAAGUGUAAGGGGUCCACGUGCAACAGGUACCAGUGCCCAGCAGGCUGCCUGCACCACAGGGCAAAGAUCUUUGGGACCCUCUUUUAUGAAAGCGCGUCCAGCAUCUGCCGGGCCGCCAUUCACUACGGGGUCCUGGACGACAAGGGAGGCCUGGUGGAUGUCACCAGGAAUGGGAAGGUCCCCUUUUUCGUCAAGUCUGAGAGAAACGGCGUGCAGUCUUUGAGCAAAUACAAGGCCUCCAGCUCGUUCACGGUGUCAAAAGUAAAAGUGCAGGACCUGGACUGCUACACCACCGUGGCCCAGCUCUGCCCAUAUGAGAAGCCGGGGACCCACUGCCCAAGAGUUCAUUGUCCGGCGCACUGCAAAGAUGAGCCAUCCUACUGGGCUCCCGUGCUUGGAACCAACAUCUAUGCAGACACUUCAAGCAUCUGUAAGACGGCCGUGCACGCAGGAGUCAUCAGAAACAAGAGCGGGGGUUACGUGGACGUGAUGCCCGUGGAUAAAAAGAAGAUCUACGUGGGCUCUCUCAGGAACGGAGUUCAGUCUGAAAGCUUGAGGACCCCUCGAGACGGAAAGGCCUUCCGGAUCUUUGCUGUCAGGCCGCUGGUUCUAUACACAGCAGUGCUGGUUUACUUCGAGUUCAGCCGUAACUCCAGAGAUAAUCUGCAGCCUUCCUUGGUGUGCCUCUUUCUCCGGUUUCUGGAAGUUCUUCUGAGCUCCCAGGAUGCCACAAUCCUGGGCCCCAAACUUCUGGGCCGAAACCUCCAACAUACAAACGAUGUACUGGCAGCUGAGGAGGGAGCUGGCCCUUCUUGCAGAAUCCGUCUGAGACGCAGCAAAGGUCUGCAGGAGUGCUCUGCCGACCCACAGUGCCAGCUCUUUCCCAAUGGGAAGAGAGCCGUGGCCUUAGGGGACCCCGAGGGCCACCCUUCUGGAAGCAAACAUGGACAAGCUGUUCCGGCUGGCGGAGCACAUGGUCCUCUGCAGGCGGUGGAGCGGCUGGAGACUGCACCCGGCCAGGCCGGGGUCCAGCCCACGCUCCUCUGCCUCCCAAAAUCAUCAGGAAUCCUCAAGGAAGAGGCAGAGUACGAGAGAACCGUGGUUGUGGAGUCAGAGAGGAUAGAGGGCUCCUCAGUGAGUGGGGGCCAGGAGCUGUGGUACCGCUGGACGGAGGCAGCCAAGGUCACAGGCAAGAAUGAAUGGUCUGUGUCCUCGGCCGCAGCCUGGGUCACUGCCAGGAACCCCUGGGCUCCCCAAGGCCCGGUCAGCAUCCCUGUGCUGACCCUGGCCUGCCGCCGGCUUGCAUCGUCCCCAGCCCCGUGCCACCUGGGACCUGGCCACCAAGGUGUGGCCACCAUCGGUGACGUGAGUACAUGA